UGCGGGGCGGGGAAUCGCUGCCGGGUUCCUGGCGUGCGGGAGCGGGAGCCCGAGCCCGAGCCGGAGCCCGAGCGAGAGCGGGAUCCGGAGCCCGAGCCGGUGCGGGAGCCGGAACGGCAGCGCGCCCGGGCCCGUCCGCGCGGUCCGCCCGGGGCGGCGCCCAGGGACGCGGACAGCCGCUCGCGCCCGCCCGCCCGCCGCCGCCGCCUCUGCCUCCCGGCCGCACAGACAGAUCCCGGCGCCGCUGCCGCUCCCCACUUCGCGCCCUCGCUCGUCUGGAUGGGAAGUUAGAGGAGAUGGACAGGGUCUCGCUGGCGUGGAUCGCUCUCCUCUGGCUGACGGCCCUGGCGGAAGGCCUCCAGGUGACGGUGCCCGACAGGAAGAAGGUGGCCAUGCUGUUCCAGCCCACGCUGCUCCGCUGCCGCUUCUCCACGUCCUCCCACCAGCCCGCGGUCGUGCUGUGGAAGUUCAAGUCCUACUGCCAGGACCGCAUGGGGGAGUCCCUGGCGCUGUCCUCUCCCCGGGCCCAGUCUCUCAGCAAAAGGAACCUGGAAUGGGACCCCUACCUGGACUGCCUGGACAGCCGGAGGACCGUCCGCGUGGUCGCUUCCAAACAGGGCUCCACCGUCACCCUGGGCGACUUCUACAGGGGCCGAGAGAUCACCAUCGUGCACGACGCCGAUCUGCAAAUCGGGAAACUCAUGUGGGGCGACAGCGGACUGUAUUACUGCAUCGUCACCACCCCCGACGACCUGGAGGGCAAGAACGAGGACUCGGUGGAGCUGCUGGUGCUGGGCAGGACAGGGCUGCGCGCUGACCUCUUGCCCAGCUUUGCCGUGGAGCUUAUGCCAGAGUGGGUGUUCGUGGGCCUGGUGAUCCUGGGAGUCUUCCUCUUCUUCGUCCUGGUGGGCAUCUGCUGGUGCCAGUGCUGCCCGCACAGCUGCUGCUGCUACGUGCGCUGCCCGUGCUGCCCCGACUCCUGCUGCUGCCCGCAGGCCUUGUACGCAGCAGGGAAAGCAGCCAAGGCCGGGUACCCUCCCUCAGUCUCCCGCAUCCCCGGCCCCUACUCCAUCCCCCCCGUCCCCCUGGGAGGAGCCCCCUCACCGGGCAUGCUGAUGGACAAGCCGCACCCACCUCCCCUGGCUCCAAGUGGCCCCACUGGAGGAAGCCGCAGUGUCCGCAAAGGCUACCGGAUCCAGGCCGACAAGGAGCGGGACUCCAUGAAGGUGCUGUACUACGUGGAGAAGGAGCUGGCGCAGUUCGACCCCGCCCGGAGGCUGCGCGGCCGCUAUAACAACGCCCUCUCGGAGCUCAGCUCGCUGCACGAGGAGGACGGCAGCUUCCGCCAGUCCUACCACCAGACGCGGGGCAAGCGGUUCCCAGCGUCAGGCGACCUGGAGAGCAACUCGGACUACUGGUCGAGUGUCGUGGGGGGCGGCGGCGGGGCCGCCCGGGGGCCCUCGGCCGUGGAGUACAGCAGAGAGGACCGCGACAGCUUCAGGCACAGCCAGCAGCGCUCCAAGUCCGAGAUGCUGUCGCGGAAGAGCUUCGCCACGGGCGUGCCGGCCGUGUCCAUGGACGAGCUGGCCGCCUUCGCCGACUCCUACGCCGCACGGGCCCGCCGAGCGGACGGCAGCCUCGACGCCCGGCCGGGGAGCCGCUUCGAGAGCGCAGAGACGCGGGCGCGCGGGGGUCUCUUCGGGGACGGCCCGCCCGAGGACUACUCGCCCGAGCGGUACUUCGGGGUGCGGAGCCACAGCCGCGAGGCCCCCGCCGACGCCGAGCGCGCCUGGACCCCCGAGGACGCCGCGCUGCCGCGGCUGGUGAGCCUGCCGGCCGCCUGCGAGCACCCGAGCCGCGGGGGCAGCCUGGAGACGCCCGCCCGGCGCGGCGCCCCCUACUACGCCUGGUCGCCGCCGGCCACCUACCGGGCGCGCGCCCCGCACAGCGACGACGACGAGGACGAGGACGCCCCCGACGACGCGCUGCCGCCCUACAGCGAGCACGAGCUGAGCCGGGCGCCGUCCCACCGCGGCCGCGACCUGUCCGGCCACAGCACCUCGGAGAAGAGGCGGAAGAAGGAGCCCGCCAAGAAGCAGAACGACUUUCCGACCAGGAUGUCGCUGGUGGUCUGAUGCGUGUCCCAGACGUCUCUCUGGACGACUAGAAACCAGACGUGGGUGACGGGGGCCGGACACACACCCAGGAGCCAGCCGGCCCGGGACCUUCUCCGG